GUCAUCUUCCUUUACUCUCUGUCCAUCAAAUCGAGUAAAUCAAGCGACGGGGCAGUGUUUCUCCAUUUGGCGGGACUGGUAGUCUUUAAAUUAUUUUUCAAACCCACAGCUUCACCUGUGAGUCAGAGAGAGAGGAGAGAGAGGGAGAGAGGUAUUCUGAUAGAAUCGAUCGCCGGAUUCCGCCAUGUCCGACACAGAUGGAGACGAUGCCCGUACUGACCUUCGCUGCGCUCGCAAAAACAGUACGUGGCAAUGCUCUGAGCAGAGACUCAAGGGCAGAAAGUACUGCGACAAACAUCGCCGAUUUGAACCUCGUCGUAAAGCGAAGUCUUUUUCUGAAAACUCAUCUGAAGAAGAAGAAGAAGAAGAAGAAAAAGAAGAAGAAGAAGACGGCGAAGAAGAAUACGAAGAAGAAGACCAAGUUGAGGGAGUGAAGAACGCUGAAACUAGGGCCGGGUCGGUUAAGGCCGUAGAAGGGGAAGAUAAUGAGUUGCGUUGCGUUCAAAUCGUCGGGAGAGGGCGUUGUAGGAAGCCGAGAUUAGGGCAACAGAUGUUCUGCAUAGAUCAUUGCAAGUCUGGUCGUCAAACAAAAGGAGAUGAGUCGAGGGUUAGGGUUUCAGAAGAGGAGGAUGGUUUGUCUAGGGAAGAGCAAAACGACGAGGUUAAGUUGGACAUUAUACCUGAGGAUGAGCUUCGUUGCAAGCGAAAUGAUGGGAAACACUGGCGGUGCAAGAACUGGAGAAUCCAAAAUAAAAGCCUCUGCCAAGAACAUUAUCUGAUUGGUUUGCAUAAGUAUAGGGUUUCGGCUUCCAAAAAAGGGGAACGGAAGAAGAGGAAGGUAAAUCGGAAGGAGAACGAGCGAAAGAAUGAGGGUUCAUCGAUGAAGAGAAAUCGACAUGAAAGUUACAUCGAUGGUAAAGAAGAAGAAGAAACAGUAGAAGGAAAAGAAGAAGAAGAAGAAGAAGAAGAGGAGGAAGAAGAAGAAGAAGAAGAAGAAGAAGAAGAAGAAGAAGAAAGUGAGGAAGAGAUUCGAAAAAAGAGGAAGAGGAAGAGGAAGAGGAAGAGAAAGGGGGUGAAGAAGAGUGAAGCUUCUGAAAAGUCUUACAGACCUAGAAAAUAUGGCAAGGUUGGAAUCGAGUCUGAGAAGAAGAUUUUGGCUCCUGAGAGGAAGGCUGAUACGGUAAAGGUGAAGUUGGAGGUUUCGGAAAAAGAAGAGGAGGAGCUUGUUGGUGGGAGCAACUCAGAUUCAUUAGCUAGGGUUAAGAAUGGAAGCGGAGAGGAGAACAAUGCAUGUCGAGGAGAGAUUCAGUUAGAGAGGACGACAGGUUUGCGAGCAAGGAAGCAGGAGGUGCUGCAACCCGAUGUAAUGAAGAGUAAAAAGAGAAAUAAGGAUGGAAUAGAUGAGGAGUCCUCCAUGUGCCAUCAGUGCCAAAGGAAUGAUAAAGGAAGAGUUGUUCGCUGCAAGAAUUGUAGAAGGAAACGAUAUUGUAUCCCAUGCAUACAGAAUUGGUAUCCUAAAUUGACUGAGAAUUCAAUUGAAAAUCUUUGUCCUUUUUGUCGGGGAAACUGCAACUGCAAGGCAUGUCUACGUGCAGAUAAAAGACUCAUGGAGCUGAGGAACUCAAAAAUUGAGUUAACUGAAGAUGAAAAAGUUAAGCACUCUAAGUAUCUGUUAUGUUUACUACUUCCAUUUCUGAAACGGUUUGUUCAAGAACAAACAAAAGAAAAGGAGAUUGAGGCAAGGAUUCAAGGUUUACUGCUGACGGAGAUAGAAACGCAGAAGGCAGUUUGUAGAAAGAAUGAGCGUAUGUACUGCGACAACUGCAAAACUUCUAUUGUUGACUUCCACCGAAGCUGUGCUAAUUGUUCGUAUGAUCUCUGCCUUAGUUGUUGCUGUGAGAUUCGUGAUGGCCGCCUGAAGGGUGGUGACGAAGAAGUAACAGUGCAAUUUUGUGACAGAGGGACUGCGUACUUGCAUGGGGAACUUGAACUUCCUUCAAGACCAAAACGGUCUUCAAGGAUGAACCAAGAAGGUCGUAUUAAACCAUCAUCAGCAGACCAUGAAGAUCUUAUCAUACCGACACCAGUGGACAAUAACGAUCUUACAAAACCUACUUCAGUGGACCAUGGAGACCUUAGCAAAUCAACAUCAGUGUGGAAGGCAAAUGAAAAUGGUAGUAUCCCUUGUCCCCCAAAGGAAAUGGGCGGUUGUGGUUGUGGCCUGCUGGAGCUGAAGUGUAUCUUCGACCAAAAUUGGCUUUCAGAACUGGAAAAAAGAGCAGAAGAAAUAGCAGAGAGAUACAAUCUUGCAUAUGUGCGUGGAACGUCUACACAGCAUUGCUCCUGCUUUGACAUGCCGAUUGACUCUGCUAACAAGAAUGUACGGAAAGCUGCAUCUCGAAAAGAUUCCAGUGACAACUAUUUAUACUGUCCAACUGCUGAAGAUGUCCAACAUGGGGCUCUGGAGCACUUCCAGCAGCAUUGGAUGAAGGGUGAACCCAUGAUUGUACGUGAUGUGCUUGAACUUACGACUGGCUUGAGCUGGGAGCCUAUGGUUAUGUGGCGCGCGUUUCGUGAGAUUACAAGUGAGAAAAAUCGUUCUGCGCAUCUGGCAGUGACAGCCAUGGACUGUCUGGAUUGGUGUGAGUUUGAAGUCAAUAUUCACCAGUUUUUCAAGGGAUACUCAGAGGGUCGAAGCUAUGAUAAUAAGUGGCCUACAAUUUUAAAACUGAAAGACUGGCCCCCAUCAGAUUUUUUUGAGAAGCGGUUACCAAGGCAUGGUGCAGAAUUUAUCAGUGCUUUGCCAUUUCAAGAAUACACCCAUCCCGACUCUGGUAUUCUUAAUCUUGCUGUAAAAUUGCCCAAGAAGUGCUUGAAACCAGACCUUGGGCCAAAGUCAUAUAUUGCUUAUGGAUUUCCUGAAGAGUUGGGCCGUGGAGACUCGGUUACCAAGCUUCAUUGUGACAUGUCUGAUGCGGUGAAUGUUUUGACACAUACUGCUGAUGUGGUCCUGAGUGACCAGCAGCUUGUUGAGAUUGAAAAUUUGAAAAAGAAGCACCAGGCUCAGGAUCAAAUAGAAAUAUUUGGUGAAAAACACCCAAAACACCAAAAAGUUGAGGAGAAGCUUCAGUCAAUUGUUCCAGAACUAGCUGAUCAUAAUUCAAGUGGAGUUUCUACUACAGCAACCCUGUCUGAGAUUUCGACAACAAAAGAUAGUACCUGCUCAAUGCCUGGAGGUAAUGAACAACCCAAUGGUUGCCUUAAUGAUGGAAGUCUUUCAUCCCUUAGUGUUGAAGUUCAUGCUGAGAUGUCCAAUGUUGCAGAUGGAGAACAAGAAAAUAACCUUGGCAGUAUUGCAAAUGCACAGGCCUACAUCAACCAAGCUCAAAUAGAUAAUGAAGUGGAUAAUUCAAAUGAUGGACAAAAUGGCUGUAGUAGCUUGAAUGGUCCACAUUUGUCCAAGGGAGGGCGGUUUGAAGAGAGAUGCAUUACUCCGCUAAAACCUGACGUGUGUCAAAUGCUGCCUGGAACUAUUGACCUGCGUGGUGACAACCUAGAUCUUCAGAAUGAGUAUGUUGAUGGCAAUGAUGUAAAGCCAAAAAUUGAUUUUCGGAAUCUUGGAGUUUAUGAGAAAGAUAAAUAUGGAAUUGUGAAUGUCAAAUCUGAAAUGGAUGAUGAACAAACUGGGAUUGAAGAGCAGGUGAAAGUGAAUAGUUGCGCUUCAGCAGGAAAAAAUGAAGAGAUGGUAGAACUUAAUGGUACCGUGUUACAUGGAGAUAGAGAUAGAGAUUCUCGUUCAUCUGCUUUUACAAUGAAACAGAAUGGAGGGAAUAAUUUUGUGGAUGGAGAAAACUUGGUUUCUGGUUUGCCAUUCGAAGAGAAAGUGGACAGUACUGUUGCAGAGGAUACCAGAAAGAGCAUGGAAAAUGCAGAUGGAGAAAAUGUGGUUUCUGGUUUGCCAUUGGAAGAGAAAGUGGACAGUAAUGUUGCAAAGGAGACCAGUAAGAGCAUGGAGAGGCCUACAGGUUUCCAGGGUAGAAAGAGGAAGGGGGGAAAAUCACAUUCUCACUUGCGUAAUAAGUUAAGGAAACCGGAAACUGAGAUUAUUUUGAGAGAAUAUCAGAAUGGAGGGGAAACUCGAGCUAAUGAAGAAUGUAAAAGGAGCAGGACACAAGAAGAAGGUGAUGCAUAUUUAUCUGAAACAAAGGGUUUAAAUGAUGCAGCACCUUUAAUUGAUGUACCAAAGGUAAAGAUUGAGCCUUCUGGAUCCAAAGCUGACGCUGAAAUUAAUGCUGAUGUCAAUAUGGGAACUUAUGAUGGAAGAGCAACACCUCAUGCUGUCACUGGAAUCAAGGAAGGGCCUGAACCUGCAGAAGGGGGUGCUCUUUGGGACAUUUUCCGCAGGCAAGACGUUCCUAAGCUAGAGGCUUAUCUUAGGAAGCACAGUAGGGAAUUCAGACACAUCCAUUGUAUUCCUGUAGAGCAGGUUUUUCACCCCAUUCAUGACCAGAGUUUCUAUUUGACCAUAGAGCAUAAAAGGAAGCUCAAAGAGGAAUUUGGAAUUGAACCAUGGACAUUUGUUCAAAAACUUGGAGAAGCUGUAUUUAUUCCAGCAGGAUGUCCUCAUCAAGUUAGAAAUCUCAAGGAAGGAAAAGAUGUGUUGGUUGCUGCUGUAUUCAUGCUUCUGAGUUCUCUUUGAAGGAGCAGAAGAAAAUUGAGAAAGAAAGAGCAAAAAGCAAACAAGAAAAAGUAGAUAAAAUCCUUGGCUGUUGCAUCACCUGUUUGAGUUCUUCCUGUAUGUAUUAAUGGCGAUCUGAAGAAGGAAGAAGAUAUAUUUGUAUUUGUGGUUUUGAAGAGUCUUCAUUUUUGGUGGAGCUGCAGUAAGUUUUGAAAGAAGGAAACAGGAAGAAAUUACUUUUGAAGUACUUCCAAUAGGAGAACUUGUCUGCAUGUUUUUAUCGGUUGUGAUUAUCUCAAUGAAGGUUACACGACAAUAUGACAUCUCGUAAACUCAUUUUUAUUUUGUUCUAGGACUGUUGAUUGCUGGAUUUCUAUGUAACUGAUGUAUUGAGGGUUGGGUUUGUAAUCUUGAUUAUAAUUGUAAUCUUUAUCAAGUGGGCACUUGAUAGUUUGUUGGGUUGUUGCCCUUUGGGUUUCUUGUAUGUGCAAGAAUCAUUGUAAUGGGAAUUAAUGCUCCUUGGUCAUUGUAGUGACUGAAACUGUGGCAGUGUAUUGAGCAAUAUACGAAGCCUUGAAUUGGGCAUUGCUCUAGGGACAUAAGAUCCCUGGCCGAAUCACGUAAA